AUGCGGACAGGUCUGCUGUACCAGUCAGUCAGAAGGCACGCCAUGCGACGUGUGGCUUUUUCUUUGUUCGCCAUUGACGCCAGGUGCUGUUGGAGUGAAUCGAGGAUAAGGUUUUCUGGGCACGGGCAUCGUAAGACACAGCCUGAAUGCAGAUAGCGGUCAUAUCAACGGGAACAAGGCAUGACUACCUGUGCUGCCAUGUAGAUGAGCGUCAGCGGUGACUGCAUGGGUAUUAAAGAUUCUAGAUUAUGCUAUGGGCAUGUUAUGUAGGAUCGACGAUUGGCCGGGUUGAAGAGGACACUGGAAUAGACCGCAUAUGGUUUAUAAGUCAUUUAUACACUCAUAUACAUACACACACAUACACACACAAACGUUAACCAUAGAUCUGAAAAGGUUUGCGCAGCGCCCUACUACUUUAUGCGAUAUUCCGAUCUGCCAUUUUCAAUUAUUGCGAUGGGUAGAAAAUGAUGAAAGAUGCUAGAGCUGGUUCAUUUAAUUAACUAAAUCAAACGGAAAAGUCUCUGGAUUCCUUCCGUACAGCUUUCCUGUGUCCUCUAAAUUUAAAUGCCUACUGGCUGUUUUGCGAUCGCGAUAGAUUUAAAACUCAACCGUCAUAAAUACAUACAAGAGCAUUGGUAGGAGUCUGCUGUACUUUGUUAGAUGGUUCUAAUCAGGAAGCACACUGAGCAUAUACGGAUCUACUUAUGUUAACGGUGGAAAAACAAACGAAUUCGAAAGCAAUCAAUUGGCAACAGGCGUGUGGUAGAGGACAGCCGAAAUGACAAAAGCGUCCGGAGGAUAGCUUUGGUGUUCGAUAGAGAUAGACACACUGGUCACAGCCGGGUCGCCAUCUAAUCGGCAAAGAACGAAGAUCUGUGAUAAUUUUGUGCGACUAUACCCGAGCAUCCUCUGUGACUGGCGGCAAUGCAUCCGUAUUUGUGUUUAUGUACUAGCGUUAGCGUAUGUGUGUGUGAGUAUGUGUAUGGAUGUGUGCAUAAGUGUGCAAAGGCUUUUGUCUUGAUGUCCGAUGCCCUAUCCUGAGAGCGCUCGAUAUUCGGUGUUUAGUUCGGAGACGUUUCGCAUCGGCUGAGUCGACAUUCAGCAGACAUUGAAGAUGAAUAGCAACAAGCUGAUCUUUUAAUCUUUAACGGUUCCCGAGUGCCAGUGCAGAGGCACAGAGAAAGAGAGAAAGAGAGAGAGAGAGAGAGAGAGAGAGAGAGAGAGAGAGAGAGAGAGAGAGAGAGAGAGAGAGAGAGAGAGUCUUAAUAAAAAAGUAUUCAUGAGUGACUGAAUGGAUGGUUGGAUGGCAUGAUCGAGAGAUCGAGAGCUUAAGAAGAGCGAACGUUUUCAAAUGUUUCGGUGCUUUGCUGGUGAGGCAUAUUGCUGUGAAUGGGUAAGCGGUUGAACCGAUUGAGCCCGUCCUCAGCAGUCUCGGUCUCUCCCAACAGUGUCGUGUGAAGCACUUCGAACCGGUGGGAAACGACAGUUUUCUUUUUUUCUUGUUGAUUAAGCAUAAUUAAUGCGGUUUUUACGUUAGGGUUACCAAGUUACUAGCGAAUGCGAAUGACGACCACCGUACUGCCGUCACGACUAGUGGAUAUGCCUUCUCCCGGAGCAUGUAUGGAGCAUCACCUGCCCCCACAACCCCCACCCUUCCCAAAAAACACUACCAGUUAUACUAGAAAGUUACAAAUUUACCUGUAAGAGCGUAGGAGUGUACCCGAUAAGGUUCGCGCGCAGGGGCAAGGGGCAUUAUCAUGGAAUACACGGAGCACUUUAUUGUAAUCAUUCUCUCUAUCCCCCGUAGCCGUUAAACAGAGAACACAGUAAUUGCACCGAGUUUGGGAUACUGCGCACGUAAACGACGACGAAGGCAAAACAAGUGCAUACAAACUGCAAGUGCAACAAACGUUACAAACGUUUUCCUUAGUGCAUCAGAAGUUUUGUUAAUAUCGAAUGAGGGUACACUGUGAAGUUGCUCUCAUGAAGUAGUGUGAGGGCCAAUAGUGAAUAAUAAACGUGUAAAAUAAUGAAAAUGCGAUUGCACUACGCGGGUCUUUUCUAGUCACAAGCGGAGGCGUGCCAAUGUGUAAGGCAAGGCAGAAGGUGUCGAGUGCAUCCGGUGGUAGAGCGUAGCGUUAGCAACACGGUACUGUUUGAUUGGAAGACAUGUUAACCGACGACGUUAUGGUGUCAGGUUCUAGGUUUCUCCAUUCGAUGGGGUUCAAUCUGUUGCAGAUCGAUCACAAAUGUGCUAGCUUCGGCCUGAUGUGACUCUUCGCCUACUACUAACAGUUCAUCAAACGAAAUCGCUUCAACUUCAGCGGUUAUCGCACACGAUGCUGCUGGUCAUACAGCGUGGUACGAACCUUAAGGAUACAGCUAAAGUAUUAUUAAGCAAACCACAUUCAAUCCCACUAAAUGCGAACAGUUCAACCUUAUCCGAGUGGAAUUAGUGUAGCUAAUACCGACAAUGUAGCAAGGGACGGCAUUUUUAAUGUGGCCAGUAUUCGUGUGUAGAGAAGCAGAGCAACCGAGCGGCGAAAACAACAUGAGCUGCCCCCCGAGCUCACUCACGAAACCCUGUACUCUAAAAUUGCUGUAGCGCUGUACGCUGUAGUACGCGAAGUACGCUAAGCUGUCGUUGAAGAAAAGAUGCUCUGAGUAGCAGAAGAAAGCUAGAUGGAAUACUCCAAUGGAAUACUUUUUCGCCGAGACAGGGUAGCAGAGUGGGCAGAUAGAGCAAUAGCAAUCGCGUCGCCAUAGGGCGUAGUAGAUAGAACCAGCAGCAGCCAACAAAUAGUCUCGCCACUCCUUUUUGCUAGAAAAGCCGAAGCAGUUGAAGUUUUGGCAUACUCUUUCACUCAAACCAAAACAACCUUACACAUAAAUUAACUAAAUAAAAUAAUCACUAAACUAAACCUGAAAGUAAGAAGACGUAGGGAAUACGAAAGAUGGCAAAACGUAACACCAAAUGUAAAAAAAUGACAAGAACACAGUAAGAGAACAAAAAUAUAUAAGGGAAACAGCGAAACCUACAACCAGCAUCUCCACCCGACAGGAGCUCUUGAGAGACUGUUUCGUAAAGAUGGAAUGCUGGAGGCCACCUAAUCUACUGUGGAGAUCGCUUUCUUCGUUCGUUGUUCAUUGUUUAUCGCAACCGUUGUAACUGUUUGUUAAUCUAUUCGAUAGUGAGGUGAAUGGUUGAAGCUAGGAACGGUCAGUUUGAAAGGUUACUAUCCACUGGCAAACCCCGUCCUUCGCCCGCUCCUCAAUCUACCCAAAAUCCUUCACCUUUUCCCAUACCACACUUUUCAGUAGUGCAUUUCGUUUCCUUCUCAUUUUCAACCUCUGCAGGAUUUUUCUGUUUGUUUAUGAGAAAGAGAAAAAGAGAGAGAGAGAGAGAGAGGAGAGAGAGAGAGAGAGAGAGAGAGAUAAAGAGAGAAAGAGAAUGGAAAAAUGUAACGGGAUCACAACAGCAAUCCUUUCUCGCAACGUGAUUUAUGUUACGAGAUAGCAUUAAAUAGAUAUGAGCGCAUGCCUCAUACAUACAAACACGCAUAUAGCUGAUAAGUAUUACGGUAACAGGAUGAAGCUGAAGAAAAGGAAGAUUCUGCACGCGCCACUACCAUAAGCAACAUGGUUCGUCAGAAAAAAAAGAUACGGGAACCAACGAGAAGGUAAUAUGUGCGCGUGGGGUGUAAAAUUAUGAUUAUUCUCAUUCGAUUAGGCCAGGGCAGCCUAAGGGUGGCUAUGUCGCCUACCCGGGCAUUAAAAACAUUUCUAGUAAAUAUUGUAGCAAAAGAGUCUACGGGAGAGAGAGAGAGAGAGAAAAAGAGAAAGAAAAGAGAUAGAGAGAAUGAGAAGAUUGUGAGAGAAAGAGAGAGAGAGAUGAGAAAGUGUGCAUACUGAGGUAGCAGCGGUUGCAAUCGCGAGGUGACUGUUUUAAAAAAUCAUAUAUACUAGAGAAGGAACUCGCCUUCUCCACGGUUUAGGUUGUCUGGCCGCUCUUGCUAGACCUUUGCGCGCUCAUGUGUUCCCAUUGCCAUAUGCAAUUGUGCGGGCAGAUCGCUUAUCUUACACUGUGUUAGGCAAAACUGCGAAAUCGCACACACGAUCGCACGCUUGGUCACACAAGACAUCAUUCUCGAUGGCGUUUCACUCCAAAGUAAUAGUAGAGGUUUGAGUAAGCAGACUAAUGAAUAAACAACCUAAACCCAGUUAAACCAAAAAGGAAUGGAUAAAAUUUAAAUGAAACAUAUUUCCACAGGACAUAACUUUUACAACUAUAUCAUCACAGAGCAGCACGAACGUAAAAUGCAAUCGUUUCGCAUUAUCGAAAUAGCUGGGCGGGCAAUAGAGAAGCUUCUAGUAACACGGAGCUACACAAACCAUUAUUGAAACAACAGUUACAAUAGUAAGCGUUAUUGAUCGAGUUUAUCUUGUUCGUAAAAGAGUGGUUUGACUUACGUUCUUCUUAAGUAGCUUCGUGCGAUAAGCAACCAGCAACAAUUCGGUAGAGAGUGCAUCACAUUCGUACACUUCGUACUUAGGCUAGUUCUAUCGAUAUUACUCGGCCGCUAGUUUGACGUUUAUGUUUCCGAUUGCGAUUCCUUACUUCAUUAUUGAGUUUCAGUGUCACAUGCUCAUUUCAAGUCUGCUCUUAACUUCCGUGAUUUUCUUGCUUCUCUUAUAGUUGAUCCGAUUGUUGUUUUUUAAUCUCAUUUAGUUUUAUUUAGUUUUUCUUCAUUUUUCUGCUUCUCUUUCAAAGCACGCUGGUGAAUAGUCAAUCCCAUACAUGUUAUUUUUAAACUGAAUCCGAUCCCGACUGACUCUUCUACUUUCUACCUUCUUCUUUUAUUCUGUUUGAAUGCAGUUAAUAAGAGCAGUUCACAGCCGUAGAGGAAAGUGUAUCUUCGUCAGUACGUUGAACCAUGUGCCUAAAAAAAUAAUACCAAAACCGAGUUUAAAUCUAUUAUGAUGUUCGAUUUCCUCUACCUGCUGUUACUCCUCUUAAACGGUUUGCUUAUCCGUUCGACAUUCGACGAUUCUUGCGGCUGUCUGCUAUGUUUUUACCACCGUGUAUUACCACUUUCGAUUUAGACCAACGCUUGUACUACCGAUGUUAUUACCGAAAUCUUAUUCUAAUUUGCUUGUCAGUGGCUCACUCUAUUCCUUUCCUUCUCUUUGUCUCUCCCUCUCUCUCUUCUCUCUCUCUCUCUCUCUCUCUCUCCUCUCUGUUUGUCUCAGCGAUCUUUUGCUCCCCAAUUUCGAUAGAAAAAGUCUAAGAAAUAAAGCUUUAAAGAGAAUGUACGGAAUGUUUAUAAACGAUUCCUGGCCGGUUCAUCGGCCUGGCAUUAAAGAAAAAAUCGUGUGUGUGUUUAAAUGUGUUGAUAGGAUAAUUUUCUAAUCACCUUCGAGCAGAGGUCCACACAUAAACAUACUCACACACACACAGGCGAUACGUCCUUUGCAUACGCCGGGUUUAGUUGUCGAGGUUCGUUCGUUUCUGUGACGGCGAGCUGCAUGUUCUUUCUCAAGGCACUCGUCCUCGUCAUCGUCGUCCUCGGGGUUACUGAUUCUGUUCAAACCUUUUUAUGUGAAAAAUCUAGAUGUAAAACCAAGAGCCUUCACCAGUUUCAAAAGGAACUUUGAAAUUGAAUAGGAAAUAAAAUCUAAGCGCGAGACUCACAAACCAACCAUUAACCAAGCCCUCAUACAAUCGCUAUCAAAAAGGUAUGGCGCUAAGGCGCGCACGAAACGCAUGGUGAUGCUGUGUGGACCCUCUUUCCCAUUUGUAUCAUAAUGGCGCCGGGAGGGGGGAAAUGAGGGCUUACGCGAAGCAUUGUUCAUUUACUAAAUAAAUAAAACAAAAAUGAGAAAAGAUAAGAUUUCCCUGCCGGGAGUGGUGGGAAAGGUAGAUAAGACGGAGCAGCAACAGUCCCGGUAGCAGCAGGGAUAGAUGCCGUAGCAUUCAUAGAUAAAGCGAAUACAAGCAGCUAAUCGAGACAGAAUUAAAUAAACACGAUCUUAAACAACUAUACACAAACACACGCACACAUACACACGCGCACACACACACACACACACACACACACAUGGAUACACAGUUGAAAAACUCAGUUUGUAACACACGUACACACAGUUACAUUUGGUACGAGCCUGGCUACCUUGUGGUUUGUGAAAUCAUUUUCGAAGACCCAUUCCCAAGACUUGGCUAGUAGUUACAGUAGUAGUGAUCAGGCAGCAUGGGUGUUUAAAUAGUCCCGCGAGCCUGAAGCGUUCUAUAGGGAGGAUUCCAGAGCGGAGAAUGAUCUAUCUUCAUUCGAUUCAUAGCAAUUGAUACAACGGAACGGAUAGAAGCGGAGAAAAUCAUAAAGUAAUCAGUAAGCAUCCAGUAAACACCUACUUCUAUUCAUGUGUGACACGAAUGGCACUCGAUCUUUCCACCCUUCCACUUCAUCCAACUUCUCCUCUUCUUCUUCCUCCUCCCUACCUUUCUACACCCCUCCAAAAAAAAGGACUGGUGGUGUUGCACCACCAAGCACCAAGGCCAGCAUGCCAGCGCCGGUAGUACAGGAAGAAAUGAUCAAAGAGAUACCCACCCAUAAAGUAACGUUUUAAAACACGUUUUGUUCCUAUUGAAGUGCGUGCGAACGAUAAGGGAUAGAAAGUACAGGGCAAGGCUAUAUAGAGCCAGGGCCCCGUUCCGUUUCACUUGUUUGUUUCUGCGUUGCCGUUGCAUCCGGUUCCGGAACGCUCUCGGUCUCUCUCGGUCUCUCUCCCUUCGCUCUCUGCUUCACAAAAAUGUGAUGCGCAGUUUUGAUUGACCCCCUUGAAAAUCGCCCUGCGUGUGCGCGCGUGUGUGUUAUCUAUUUUUUUCACCUGCAAUUCGAAAAGAAUAGUUAGAACAGAAAGGAGCGAAAAAGAACAUGAUAUUAAAAUAAUAUGAACCAUUCAGUAACAAGAACAGCAGAAUAGCUCGACAUAUUUCUGAAAGUAAAAAAUGAAAACGAAACACUCACAUCAAAAAAAUUACAACAAACAAAGCGUGAACACAGUAAGCUGUAACGUCAUUGCGGGAAAAAUUCUCUUGUAACACAAAACAUGCUCACAAAAAAGCGCACACGCGCGCAUACAGCACACCAGUACGCGUAUUAUAACCGGGCGAAUGGAGAAGCAUGGUCUACUUUAAAAUCUUACCAAAACAAACACAAAAGAAAUCCCAAUAAAACCACUAGAUGGUGCGUCAAGUAAAACGAACAAAGCGGGGUAAUUGUAAAAGCAAAACUAAAGAUACAAACAACAACAGCGGAUUGUAAAAAGGGAUAGAGGGAAGCAGAGGGACAGAGAGCAGAGCAGAGAGAAACGGAAGGAGAGAAGGAGGUAGGGGGAACCAACCAAACAAAGCAAAUACGGCAAAUAAAAGCGCGCAUUCGGAAGAAGUAAGAAACCGACAUUGAAUCCCAUAAAGAAAACAAACCCCCUGUUAAAGCAAAACCGUGUUAGUUAAAGAGAGGAAAGUCUUUAAAAAAUAACCAAACCAAACCAACCAAAUGGCAACCGUAACUUAAAAACGUAAACGUACAACUUCAAACACACACACACACACAUACACAUAAAAAGGCACACAAACACAUCCACUCGCGAGUGUUUGUGCCUGAUACCUGAUAAGAAUGAAACAACACCGCAGGUAUAGACGGGAAAACCCCUGGUGCGGGUAAAGAUGCAUCCAAGUGGGGCGCACACAGCAGCCUGGCCACGUGCGAGAAAACUGUAAAAUCUAAACGAGAGAGAGACAGCGUGUGUGUGUGUGUGUUUGUGUGGUAUAACCUCGAUUGAUACCACCAAUCGACCGACCAUCAGACCAGCAUGGCGGGCCACGUGCUGCCAUCGUCACUGCUGCCGCUGCCGCCAACUCCGCCUCGAAGGAUGGGAUGUACGGCAUCGGAACGCGAACGCGAACGCUCGAGCGACUGUGAUUGCAACUCCCAGAGAACCAACCAGGAAAAGCAAAAGCGGUUCCGUUGUUGUUUGAAAGGCGAACGGGCGAGGGACAAUGUACAUCCGGUGGUUUUGUCGGUGCUGGUGGUGGUGGUCGCGGCUGGCGAACGAGAUACAUGAAAUUAUUGAUUUUAUUGUACAUUGUUAUUAAUUAUUAAAAAUUAAAGAUCAUAGAUAUAUUACAUUGAAAAAGGAAAAAGGAAACACAACCAAACAAAAAAUAAAAUACACGAAAAAAGUGGAGAAAAGAAAUAUCCCGAAAAAAAACCCGGGACCACAACGAGGGUCCGUGUGUUAUU